CUGCACCCUUUUUCCGCUCUUCUGCAUCUAAUUGUGCUUAUUAAGGGCAUUAGAAACUGAGAAAAAAAUAUUAAUAACCUAUUUGUAAGUAUGUUGAAUUCACCUAAUGUUCGGUUAAUUUAAACUGGCUGCACGAAGUGAUCAUAUAGGUACACUAUGUCAACAAACAUCUCGAAAAAAAGAAUAUAGUGUCACUUUUAUUCUAGAAGCAAAAAAUCAAGACAAAAGGUGACGUUAAUUUUUUGCCGUCGUUCACAUAAACGUGAAAAUGAAAAAACGUGUUUUUACUUUAUUCUUUUUAGGGCUUCUCUGUAUUUCUUACGCAGAAAAUGUGAAAAAAAGCGUCGAUAAUUUACGAGCCGACGUGAACGACGACAUUGGCGACAACGAUGAUGCUAAAGAUAUAGCUAUGGAGAUUCCGGAUAUCGAACCAGAAAACAAAACCAGAAUUCAGCUAUGCAGUGCUAGAAGGCAAAACAACAACAUGCAUCCUGUGCUAAACGCGACUGCCAAACAGUUCCCCUUCAUGGCUGCCUGCCUAUCUCUUAGUGAAAUACAUAUAUGUUCUGGCACGGUAGUCGCUAAUGGCUUGAUACUAACCACGGCUUCAUGUAUCCAAAAGCAAAUCAACGCCGUGUUAGUGAAUACAAUAUCUUCUAGGCGAGGCGCCCCAGGAGCAGUGCGAAUCAGUGUGAUUAAAACUGAAAAAUUCCCAAGUUACAGCGGUGAAGAAUCUCUUAAUGAUGUUGGAGUUGUUUAUACGCAUAAAUUUAAUUCUUCAGUUGCCUCCAAGAUUAAAUUAAGCAAUUACACUUCCGCCCAGAACCUCAUAGACUUGGAGAUUUUUGGAUUUGGGCUGAACGAACAGUCUGGUUUCGCAGAGCAUCUUCAAUAUGCCGGUGUGGAACAUCGUUUUUCGGGAAACCCCGGUAACAAGCUGAAUGUUUUCAUCGAUUGCGUUGAAGCGAAAGAGCCGACUUGCUUCACUGAUUACGGUGGCCCUGCCAUUUUUGGAAAUGAAUUAGUAGGCGUAAUAGUAAAGGGUUCUGAUAAUUGUAUUCAAGAAAUAUCGCCUAAUUAUGCUAUAAACAAGGAAAUGGCUACUAUUUUGCCUACUUACAGCUUCAAAGCUUGGGUAGACGAAAAAAUAAGGAAUGUGGAGGAAAAAAACAUUGUUACGAUUCCGACGUUCCCACAAAAACUAGUCGGAAUUGAAGAACCGGAAACCAAGAAGUUUUCAUCUGCAUUUAAUCCUGUAGCUUGUGUUUAUAAAAUUUUUCUACUUUGUAUGUUUCCAUUCUACUUUCAUUGAAACAUUGUUAACAUUUUUGAUUAGAAGAACGUUUGGUUGAAUAAAAUUUUGUUGAAAGUUCCA